UUGUCUGUUUUUAAUGCUUUGAGAAGUUACAGCUUUACGCAGCAGUGACGCCGUGUCACUGAUUUCGAUCAUUGUCCACGUGUGAAGAAACGUUACAUCUCCUUCCGUCCGACUCCGUGUGGAAAGGCAACCACGAGCCUUUCUUUCACUGAAAACGUUAGUUUUUUGACCUGAUCACAUCUUGAAUAACACUUGUAGACUUGUGCACUGGUUUGGAAAGAACUUUAAGCUAUAGUUAGUGUGAUCCAGUCACAAUUAAGUGGUAACGUUAAGCGUCUAUUCGCUGGAGUUAUUUGUUGAACAUGUCCCCUGCUCCAGCAGUUGAGUUGGACUACAAACCCCUGGAUGGUGGUUGGGGCUGGGUGGUGGUGUUUGGAGCCCACAUUUCCAUUGGAUUUGCAUACUCUACGCCCAAAGUCCUCUCCAUUUUCUUCGAAGCAAUCCAAGAGGAUUUAGGAGCCGGCUACAGUGAAAUGGCAUGGAUUUCCUCUAUCAUGCUAGCUGCCAUGUAUGCAGGCGGACCAGUGAGCACUGUGUUGGUCAAUCGCUUUGGAAGCCGGCCAAUAGUCAUAUUGGGUGGACUGAUGUGUGGGGUCUCUAUGGUAGUCGCUUCUUUUGGGAGCUCCCUCCUUCACCUCUACUUUUGCAUUGGCGUCAUUGGAGGUUGUGGACUCUCCUUAAACCUCAAUGCGUCUCUCACCAUCAUCAGCAAGUAUUUCCUGGCCAGGCGUCCUUUAGCUAACGGACUGGCCAUGGCCGGGAGUCCAGUGUUUGUGUGUGUCCUGGCCCCUGCCAACGAAUAUUUACUACAAAAGUUUGGCUGGAGAGGAAGUCUCCUUAUCCUCGGGGGUCUGAUGCUCAAUUGUUGUGUUGCUGGGGCCCUGAUGAGGCCUGUCAUUCUGCCUCGUAAGCCAUCCACUUGUGCACCGCUGAAGAACGUGGAGGAACAGCCAAAUAAGUGCAACACAAGGCUAAAAGGAAGCUGUAUGAACAAUGCUAAGAAGUUCUUGGAUUGGACCUUCUUCAAGGAUAGAGGUUUCAUCAUUUACCUCAUUGGGAAUGUGGUGUUCAUCUUUGGUGCCUAUGCGCCCUUUGUGUUCCUGUCAGCCUAUGCUAUCAGCCAAGGCAUUGAUGAGUACUCUGCAGCCUAUCUGCUCUCUAUUACAGGCUUUGUGGACAUGUUUGUUAGGCCUAGCACUGGCCUGAUAGCCAACAACAAGUGGGUCAGGCCCAGAAUACAGUACUUCUUCAGCUUUGCCAUGAUUUUCAACGGCACGUGCCACCUACUGUGCCCACUGAGCAAGAGCUAUGCUUUCUUGGUGACCUACGCAGUAUUUUUUGGCAUGAGUUUCGGCAUGGUUUUCGCCCUGAUAUUCGAAUGUCUGAUGGACCUGAUGGGAAAUCAACGCUUCCCCAGUGCUGUUGGACUGGUCACCAUCAUCGAGUGCUUCCCCAUACUACUGGGACCACCUGCUGGAGGGUUACUGGUGGACAUCUUUGGUGAAUACAAAUACCUUUUCUUAAUGAGCGGCUCGGUGAUCGUGAUUGGCGGGCUCUUUCUCUUCCUCAUGAACAUCUACAACUAUUACAUGCUGGAGAGGGAGAAGCCAGCAGAGGACAGAGAGCAGAACCAAAAAAACAUAGAGAACCAUGACCAGAGCACCUCAGACGCAGAGAUGAAAGCAGCGAUGGAACAGACUGAGCCUCAGGCUAAAGAGAAGAACGGAGCUCAGAGAGAUCCAUGUCUGGAGAAUGCAGAAACACCUAAUUAAAUGGGAAUUACAUUUAACACUCCAUUUAUGUGCUAUUUAAUCACUGCAGAAGAAAAGGGUUCAACAAGAUGACGCAAUUAAAGGAGCGCCAGUUGAACCUGAAAAAACGAUGUAGAAAAUGUGAUGGAAAUAUGGCAUUCCUGUUUGUAUCAUGUCAUUUGACAAAGGCUACUGUUUCCUUAUCGCUCGGUUUCGUCUGCCACAGUUUUUAGUCUCUUCAGUGGAAGUCUGCGUGACAUAAGUCACAUGCUUAAUGUACGUCAUUAUUUAUUCAGAGUCUGUUUCCAAUUCACUUUGCCGUAUUUUGCUUUUAUCGUUACACUAUCUUUCCACAUAAAUGUUUUCAUUUAAAUUUUUUCCACUCAGGUUUUUUAUGCACAAAUUGAAAAUGCACAUAAAACAGUUGGACACGCACUUCCACACAUUUAUUCGGUCGUUAAACAUUCAUAUUUGUUUAACCAUUUAAGUAAUUUAACAAGCAACAAGAGCUGUACUUGGGCACAGCAAGCUAAAUGCUAACAUCAGCAUGCUAACAUUCUCACAAUGACGAUGCUAACAUGCUGAUGUUUAGCAGGUUUACCAACUUCCCCAGCUUCAGUGGCGUGUUAGAAUGUUAACAUUUGCUAAUUAUCACAAAGUACUGCUGAUGCCAAUGGGUACGUAAUUAGUUUUGCAAGUAUUUUUUUUUCUUAAAACAUUUUUUUACAUUUUGAAGAUGAAUUUAGAUGAAGAGUCAGGGACUCACCAACGUGGUUACAAUUUGUGCUAAGGGGAACAUUAAUGUCUGCACUAAAUUUCACGGCAAUGAAUCCAAUAGUUUUUGAGAUAUCCACAAAUGUCAAUUGCAUGGUGGUGCUAUCUAGGAGAAGUCAGAAAUCUCCAGACAGUAGGAUUCAUUGUCUAGGCAGCAAGGCUGUCUCUACCAACCUUUUGUUCCAAUCCUAAAAAAAACCUGUUAGUUUCACUAGAAGAAAAGUCAGAGGAUCACCAAAGUCAGUAGGCUUUAUCCUGUGGGGACCAUGAAUGUUUGUACAAAAUUCACAAGUCACAGGGAAUGCUGAAAUGCACACAGCCACAAUAUAUACUGUACGUAUGAGAGUGAAUGUUUGCAGUAAGUUUUACUUCUUUCUCUCGCAUGAUCACAAACCAACACUUUUUGUUUUGUGAUUCCUAGCUGUUCAUUGCACAGUGAUCUAAUCGGUCUAUGAACGUUUUAAUUGUUUUUGUGAUGAUGUGCAUAACCUCGUCAUGAGAUGUGUUGCAUUCAUGUUGUACAAAAUAAAACUGGCAAUUGGUUUAUAAACUACAAU